AUUCGAAAUUCCCACCAAGCUUUGACCUCAAUCAUGGUGGAAUAGUCUCAAAGCUAUCUUCUUCUUCUUCUUCUCCGCGUCUUGUCUCUCGUUUGGGUUUUCACUCCUUCCAUUGCUGAAGCUAUACCUCAAUCGUUCGCUUCUGGGAUCAUUGGAUUGUUUUUGUGGAUUUGAUUUGAUUGAAUUGUGUUUGCCCCUGUUCUAUCGGCUGAUGGUCACGCUCUGCGUUUGGCUUGAAUUCUUUAUUCUUUGAAUAUUUUUUUCAAGAUUUUUCAGACUAGAUCGGAUUGGUUUGAAUAUUUCUGUGUCUAAUUAUGGACAAAAAUCAAGAAAUUGAAUGGCUUGAAGCUCAGAAGAUCAACAUAAGUGAAGACCUUGUAGCUGCCGCAAAGCAGCAGUUGGAGUUCUUGGCUGCGGUGGAUAGGCGACGGUGUUUGUAUGAUGGACCGGUUUUAGAACGAGCAAUUCACAGGUAUAAGUUCUGUUGGCUGCCUUUGCUGGCCAAGUGUACUGAAUCUGCAGCUGUGGAUAAACCCCUAGUUGUUCCUCUUGACUGUGAGUGGAUAUGGCAUUGUCAUCGGCUUAAUCCAGUACAAUAUAAGAAGGAUUGUGCGGAAUUCUAUGGGAAGAUGCUGGAUAAUAAGCAUGCUGUGUCUUCAUUGCAAGCAAAAGGAAAAUCCAGAGAUCAAACUAUGGACAUGUGGACCAAAUUAUUCCCAGAGGAGCCUUUUGACCUCAACUUUACAAGUACUCUUUCUGAAAUAAAUAUUAACAAGGAUUCUGAAGAUGGCAAGAAUAUUACAUAUGAUUUGGUUUCUGCAGUAAAGAGACAGUCAUCAUUCUAUUAUCAGGUAUCGAGACCAAGUAUGCAUGAUGACCGCUUUCUUGUGGGAGCUGCUGCCAGGUAUAAAGGUUUUCUGCAUCUGAUCAAAAGAAACCAGGAGAGGUCAUUGAAACAAUUCUGUGUACCAACUUACGACGUAGACCUUAUGUGGCAUUCUCACCAAUUACACCCUCUUUCUUAUUGCAAAGACAUGGUAAAAUUACUUGGGAAGGUAUUAGAACAUGAUGACACAGAUUCUGACAGAGGCAAAGGGAAAAAACUUGAUACUGGAUUUACUGAAACAACCAAGCAAUGGGAGGAUUCAUAUGGUUUGAGGUACUGGAGAGCAGGAGCAAUGUACAAAGGCAGUCUGCCAUCUCCUUUACCGCUUUUACCAGAUUUAUCUAAACAUGAAAGCGGGAGCAAAUGGAAGUCAAGAGGUCACAAGAAAUGUGUUAAUCUUCCCAAUGUGAUGGUAGUGGAGGUUCUUAUGGAGAUUGUUGGGAUAAGAAAUUUGCCGUCUACUAAAAAGGGCAAUCUUUUCGUGACAUUUAGCAAAAAACAGCCUGACAUGUUUUUAGAUGGUGUUUCUAACCUGACCAUUUUUUCUGAAACUGGUCAGAAACAGGUUGCUGGUUUUCAAUGUGAAGCUACUGGCCAUCUGGUUUUGGCUCUUGUGUCUGAUUCAACUUCUAACCUUGGAAGAACUGCCAAAACCAUAGGAACCAUAUCAAUUUCCCUUGAGAGGUUGUUGGACAGUGAUUCUAAACUUUUUGUGGACGAUUGGUUUGAAUUGAGAUCUCAUUCUGGACACAAUGACACCAAGCCAAUUGGUAUCCAUGUUGCUGCCUCCUUUACUGUUCCUAUCCCUGCUCCCCAUGUUCUUUAUAAGGCUAAAUCAAAUUUCCUAUCCGUAAACACCUGUUUCUUCCCCCUUCCUGGGAAGGUUCAACAAUUUAGUCAUUGGACUCGCUUCAUUCAUGACAAUGGCAAUGAAAUCAUCAGUCUCAAGAUGAGGAAUUCAAGGAAAGAGUUGGGAAAAGAUGACUGGAAGGACAAAAGAGAGAUCAUUGGCAUGACAAAAUUUUCAAGAAAGCCACAAAUACUAGCGAAAUAUGCAGAAAACAUAUGGUCUUUCAAAGAUUCUGGCUUCUCCAUUGAUGUUGAGAAGAAGAUCAGCCAAGAUGGCCAUAUAUUUGAAUUUAAAGGUGAUGAGCAGAUUAAACUCUUCCUGGGUAGAAAGCUGGAGUACGAACCAAAGAACAACAACAAACAGAAUGACCAGGAAUUCAUCACAGUUGUGGAGUUCUCCGCUGAGCAUCCAUACGGAAAAGCGUUGGCUUUGCUCAGCCUCAAAUCUGGCCCCCUAAGGAUUAAUGAAGAUUGGUUUGCAUUGCCUGCCAUGCUGUUGGCAUUCAUACUUUCCAACAAGUUCAAGAAAGAAGGGUACACAGCUCUCGUCUCCAACGGAGAAAGUGUUGAUAUGGGAGCUGACAGGCAAGUUUCAGAAAUUAAACCAUUGAACUACUCUUAUGAAUCAGAACUGGGUGCAUUGGUAACUAAAACAAGCACUGCAAUGGCCGUAGAAAAUGGUGGUGGUUGUGGUUCAGUUUGCAGCGGUAAUUGUGGUGGUUGCGGUGGAGGUGGCUGCAGAGGCAUGGCUAAGGGUAGUGGUUGCGGUGGUUGCGGUGGAGGUGGUUGUGCAGGUAUGACAAAGAGCAGCGGUGGUGGUUGUGGCGGUUCUUGCAAGGGAAUGGCCAAGAGCAGUGGCUGUGGUGGCUGUGGUGGCGGUUGUGGGGGAGGUGUGGCUUUUCUAAAUGCUUGCGGUGAUGCCAGGGCUGUUGGCCCGGCAAUGGUGAGCUACGAGGUAACUACUGUUGGUGCUUAAGCAAUAUGCAUGGAUGCAUGUUUUGAGAGUUGUGAGAAGCUCUUAUGUGCUUGAAUAUGCUUAAAUAAUGAGCACUUGCCUCUUGAGUGACGGUGUGCUCUUUGUUUUUAAGUUGUGUUGUUAUGUUGCUGCAGAAGUUCUCACAAACAAUCAUGUUCAGUUGUGUAUGUGCAAUAAGACAUGGAAAUUCUCUUUCUUUGCUUCAAGAACAACAGAUUUAUUGGUUGGAAGCACAGCACAUACAAGAACAAAAUGAAUAUUAUUUACUAUUGUAUAGUUUCA